AUUAAGUUAGUAUAUGUUGUUGAUUGUAUACCCUAAACCAUCAAUACAUUAUACACUAACCACAUAACCUAUACCCUAACCAUAUGUCCUUUAGUUGUGAUUUUGCUAGUAUAGUUAAUUUAAAAGUGAAAUUCAUACUUUGAUUUUCAAAACAUAGAUAAAAAGUGAUAUUUGCUAAUUGUUAUACCCUAACCAUACUUUGAAUACACCAAAAUUUCCAUCUUCUUUUAAAAACAUCAAAUUACCAAAUACAUUACUUUAUUUAUUUAUAUUUAAUUGAUAAUUUUAUUGAAUAGUUAAAUUAACCAAUAUAUUGAUUCAUGAACAUAUAUUAAUAAGAAAACUUGAUCUUAUUAGUUAUAAUUUUGACUAAUCGUGGCCAAACCAUUAAUACCUUAUACUCUAACCAUAUACCCUACAAGUCGACUCUAUAACCUAUACCCUAAACCCCUACUGGUUUGAUUCAUGAACAUAUGUUAAUAAGAAAAGUUCAUCUUAUUAGUUAUGAUUUUGACUAACCGUGGUCAAACCAUUAAAACCUUAUACCCUAACCAUAUACCCUAUAAGUCGACUCUAUAACCUAUACCCUAAACCCCUAAUGAUCUGAAUUCUGAUUGAUGAACAUGUGUUAAUAAGAAAAGUUGAUCUUAUUAGUUAUGAUUUUGACUAAUAAUUGUUAAACCAUUAAUACCUUAUACCCUAACCCACACUAUAGGAAAACUGAUUUCUAGUCACGGGAUCUUAUUCACGGUAAUUUUUUCCGUGUUAAAAACUAUGCUAAUAGUCACAGUAAACGUUCCCGUAUUCGAUCAUAUAGUUAUGAUCACGGUAACUAAUUUAUCUGUAUUUUAGUGUUUAUUUAUCGUAAUUAAUUGUUAAUCACGAUAAAUUUUGGUGAUUAAUGUGACAAUUUAACUUUAUAAGAACUUUAUUCCAAAAUUUUAGGAGGGAGAAUUUCCUUUAGCAAAAAAUUUUGUUUUGCCCCCAAAAAAUUGCUUUGGCUCCAAAAAUAUUUGCUUUCUCCUUAAAAAAUUGUUUUGGCUCCAAAAUAUUUGCUUUCCCCGCCACUUUUCACACCCAAAAAUUGCUUUUGCUCCAAAAUAUCUGCUUUGCUCGAAAAAAUUGCUUUGCCUCCAAAAUUUUGCUUUGCCCGCCACUUUUUUGGUCCAUGGAAUUGAAAAAAUUAACAUACUAGAUGGAGAAAACUAGAUCUAAAGGCGAAUUAAAGAAAGUCAAUCCCUUUGCCGCUUGACUUUUUCUAGCGUCUCUUCCACUGCUCUUCCUGCCUUUUUCUCCACCCAAAUAGUUCCUUCCAUUUCUCCGAACUUUCCCCAACUCUUACUGCCAAAACCCUAUUUUCUUAGCAAUUCAGAUAGAUCCAUCUGAUGCCCUCUUCCAUGGCGAAACAGAUCGAUGAAGAAGCAUGCUCUUCAAGGGGGUUUAUUGUUAGGGUUUCAAGUUUGGAGGUAGACUGGCGACGAUUGAGAACGACAACGGCAAGUUUGGAGGUGGACUGGCGGCUCGGUUUGGUAGGCGGUUAGGGAUGUUGUGGUUUGCGUUGCAGAGAGACGACAAAAAAAGGAAACUUUCCCCAACUCUAAACUGCAGCUGCAGCUGAAAGAAGGAAACUUCUUUUGCAGAGUUGUAAUCUUUAUUCGGUUGAAUUGAGCUUGGGAAGCCAUGAUAGUGACCAGCUGUUGCAACUGAAUUGUAGUGAGAAGAGGGCAAUGACUUGUGAUUGGUUCUUAUUUCAGGUAGGGGUUAGUUUCAGUCUAAAGAUUAAGUACAGCUUACAUGUUUCUUUCAUGAUUUUGGUAGUAUUGGCGUCCAUCCCUUUAUUUCGAUUGCUUUAUAUGAGUAUACUUACUCCCUUUGUAGCCAUCUUAUCUAUUUGUUGUUCGUAUUUUCUUCCAGCAACUAUUUGAUAUGAAUGUGUUGCCCCUGCUUCAAUAGGGAGAUUUGCCGCCGGCAGAAAGGCCAUUGGUGUAAAUGGGCAGUAGCCAUGUGGUUGAGAAGUAUUUAAUUUCCAGAGAUUAUGAAACAUGUGGUUGAUAAUCUAUUGAACACUAAUUAGCUAAUCCAAGUUGCCAAGGAACUAUGGUUGAGAAGGCACUGCAAGAUACAAAGGUAAUAGCAGUAGGAAAAGGAAUUCUCAUUUAUAAUUAUUCAAGUGGAUUAGAUGAAAUUCGGGUUGAGUCGGUCGGGUUACGGGUUAGUCGGGUUUGGGUCAAUCGGGUUCGGGUUAAUCGGGUUGCGGGUCAGUCGGGUUGCUGGUCAAUCGGGUUCGGGUUAAUCGGGUUGCGGGUCAGUCGGGUUGCGGGUCAAUCGGGUUGCGGGUCGGACGGGUUACGGGUUGUUGACUUUUAGUCAAUUCGGGUUGCGGUCGGGUUGCGGGUCGGGUUGAUCGGGCGGGUUAAUCGGGUCGGGCUAUGUUUUGACACCUAUACUACUACAUGCCUUCAUCCUACAGCUUAAAGACACUCCAUAGCUUUAUUCAUUGAGUGCUUAAGUAAGUAACCAAGUCUCUCUUGAUGUUUUGGCUCCUGUGACAACCUCCUUUUGUAGAAUCAUUGUAGAUCCCCAACCCCUUUAUGUAUAUUUCACUUACUGACAUUUGUGCUUUACGAUCCCCCCCCCCCCCCCCCCCACAUCUGCACCAUACACCCUCUCCUCAAUGGCAGCCUCAUGAAUUUUACCUAGUGGUGUCCUCUUUAAAAAACUGAAAUAAUAAUUCAUAUUUAUUUAAAUAUAAUUUCUUAAAUAGAAAAUAUCCUACUAGUACAAGUUACAACAGAAUAUCAUGAUGUGUUUUCAUAUAUUGAUUUUUUCUGUAAAAUGCACUAAGUGUGCUUAAUUAACAAAUAUCUUUGAAUAUAUCCUACUACGCUAUCAUUCACGAAUGGAUCAUCUAUUUCAUUCCGAAGCUUAUGUUUGAUGUAGCUCAAAGAUGAAAAAAAUCUUUCAAACACUUACAGUUGCAACUAGUAAAAUUAAUACAAUUUUGAGAAACAAUUAGAUUGAUGAGGGCGAGCAAAGGUUGACCACUGAUGAUGGACUAGAGGGAGGGGGAUCAUAGGAACGAUUGAAGUAGGGUAGAGAAGAUGAGUCGACUCUAAAACUGUUUUGUUGUUCUUUUACUUUGCUUUGCCAGUAUCGGAAUUGAAGAUUUAAUUUUUUGGGUUGGAUGAAAAUUUUGGAAAAUUAGGAUUUAACUGGAAUUUGUUUUAGUGUAUAAUGACAUUUACGGAUGGCUAUUGGGUGAUUUUGGAGCGGGUUUGCCUAAACUAACCUCAUCCCCAUUUUCAAAUACACAAAGCCAUACCUGCCCAAUACCCAUGUGGUGGAAGGUUUUACAAAGCCAUCUCCAUACCCCACGAAUUUCGGACACCCAUGGGUAAUACCCGCCCCAUCAGCUACUCACCAUUAAUAAAAGUAUAUGGUGACAAAUAUGGAUACUACCCUCCCAAUAUUAUGAAACUAUUACAUAAGAGGAUGAAAUUAGGAUUCGGUUGCUAUCAAUUACAUUUUAACAUUUUAUUUUUUCUUUUAAUUACCCUUCAUUCCAUUGACAAGUUACUAUAGACUCCUUAUAUUUUAUGCAUUUAACAUAAUAUCCUUGAUGGGGUGGGGGAGUCCAACACCAUACCUGCCCCAUACCCAUCAACAUUUUUGCGAGUUUUAUCCAUUCUCGCCUCAUACCCAAUCAAAAAGGGGAUUCCACGCGUUGACUGGGUCGGAGGCGAUCGGGUACCCGCGAUCAUGGGUUUGGUUGCCAUCCCUAACUACAUUUAUGUUUCAAAUAUGACAACAAAUUAUUUAUAGUAAAUUGGAUAACAUGUCCUUUGAUAACUGCCGUAUCACUGGUUUGAAUCACAAAAAUAACCACCUUUUUUCUUUGCCAUUAUUUCUGCUAUCUUCUACGGACUACGAUAUAGUCUAGUAUGGCCAGGAGAGUGGAAGGGUAUGCUUGCACUGACUUACAAUCUUCUUCAUGAGCUACGGAUAAAUGACUUUUUUUUUAUAUUUCAGAGUGAUAUUAAGAAACGAUAAGAGUUAUACUAACAAAAUUAAUUAGAAACUCCCUAUAAGCAACACCCUAAUGAAACCACAUAAAAAAGUCAAAAGAUUAUGGAAUGUUUUGGUGGUGUUAUACGUGCCACUAUAUGGGCAACACUAUUGACGGAUAAAAGACUUUGUGGGGUGUUUUACCAACUUGGUUUGGAAUGAGCAUGGUGGAAAGGGUCUUUUGUCACCCAAUCAGAAGCUCGGAGAAAUUUUUUGCCCAGCUAAAAGAAAAUGUCAGGUUGUUCAGUAUGGGGCAGCUGGUGUUUUUUCAGAUGAUCAGGAGUUUAUGUUUUAGCUUAUUGUUAGCACACAAGUCUUUUCAUUAUAUAGCUUUCAUAACUUGUUAUUUGUGUAGUUAGGAAUGCUUAGUAUUUGGUAGUUGUUUGUACCAUCUAGCUCGAAGGUAUGAACAAUAAUGAUUGUUGGUGUGGGGUUGACUCACGAUCUGGUCGUCUGAUCUCGUCGGGAGGGAGAGAACCUGUGAAAGAGCCGGGGUUGCCCCCGGGAUUAAGCUCCGACGAUCAAGUCAGUGUAUGUUUCUGGAGAGAGUUUAGAGAAUAGAUAGAGAGACAAAGUGUAGAGAGAUAGUAGAAAGUGGAAAUUGAGGAGAGAGAAGAAGUCUCUUUCUUUGUAGGGCUUCAAGCCCUUAUAUACCUGUAGCGGGUACCGAGUGUUGCCAUUGCCGAUUGUGCGCUCUACUACUUAGUCUGUGCACGAAGUCUUUAGUAACACCCCCAACAAUUGCCCCCCAAGCUGGUGGUGAGUUUUAUCUCAUCGCUAGCUUAUAUAUAUAUAUAUAUAUAUUUUAAAUCUUCGUCGGUAAUUCUGGGUGGAGCCCUAUGUACCCCAGUUGCCCCCCAGCUGGUGGCGCGUUUAACUGACGCGAUGCCAGCUUCUUGCGUCUUGCCCCCCCCCCCCCCCCCCGGGCCCGUUGGUGUAUUUUGGUGUAUUUCAUUAAGGCGUGUAGCCCCCCAUUAGCGCCAUUAACGCUCAUGAAAGUGAAAUAUUUCAAUAUUUGAUAAUGAUAGAGAGAUAGAGUACUUAGCUUUAAAUUGGAGAGGCGGCAGGAUACUGAUUAAGUGGAAUGCGCUGCACUAUUUUGGCACAAGGCACGUAUGUAGCCUAUUGGUAUUGUUGCUUGUCACGCGGAGGAGUGACGCGAGUUUGAAUCCUGGUGGCGACAAUAUUAUUUUUGAUGAGCUCCUUGUCUGUUGGGCUUGGCGCGCCUGAACAGCACAGCAGGCCGGGGGACGAGAGCAUUGGGCCUGAUCCGCGAGUUGAGAGUGCGAGCUCGCGGGCUAGUCGUUAAAAUAAAGGCGAGACGCAUCUCGUAGCAUAAGCUGUUGUUGUAGCUUACUGGUCAGUACGCUUGUAUAGCAGAAUAGUGGCGCGGGUUCGAGGAUUGGGGCCUACAAAUAAUUUUUUUUGUUCCGUGGAACUGAGUGGGCGUGAAUAGUUCAUGACUAUUGCUAUUUCUUUUUUUUUUUCUGUCGAACUGAGUGGGCGCGAAUAGUUCAUGACUAUUGCUAUUUUUUUUCCGUGGAACUGAGUGGGCGCGAAUAGUUCAUGACUAUUGCUAUCUUUUGUUCCGUGGAACUGAGUGGGCGCGAAUAGUUCAUGACUACUGCUAUUUGUUGUUCCGUGGAACUGAGUGGGCGCGAGUAGUUAAAUAUCAGACGACGCGCCAUUGAAACACAAGGCUCUCUUGUAGCUUGCUGGUAAUCUUGCUUGUCUGGCGGAAGAGUGGCGCGGGUUCAAGCACUGGUGGCGGCGAUAAUAUUUUUGACUCGCUCAGUGCAAUGUUGGGCUUGGCGAACUGCAGCACUUGAACGGGCGGGCUGGAUACGCGAGUGGGGACGGGCGGACUUGGAUUUGCGGGUGCGGGCCGCGAGGAGUUAAAAAUCAGACGCCGCGCCAUUUAAACACAAGUCUUGCUUGUAGCCUGCCGGCCAACUUCCUGGUAUUGUUGAAUGGUGGCGUGGGUUCAAACCCUGGUGGUGACAAUAUAAUUUUUGAUGAGCUCCUUGUCUGGGCUUGGCGCGUCUGAACAGCAUAGCAGGCCGGGGGACGCGAGCAUUGGGCCUGAUCCGCGAGGUGAGAGCGCGCGCUCACGGAAGAGUGACGCGGGUUCAAGCACUGGUGGCGGUGAUAAUAUUUUUGAUUCGCUCAGUGCAAUGUUGGGCUUGGCGAACUGCAACACUUGAACGGGCGGGCUGGAUACGCGAGUGGGGACUGGAUGCACGGGCGGACUUGGAUCCGCGGGUGCGGGCCGCGAGGAGUUAAAAAUCAGAAGUCGCGCCAUUUAAACACAAGGCUCGCUUGUAGCCUGCCGGCCAACUUCCUGGUAUUACUGAAUGGUGGCGCGGGUUCAAACCCUAGUGGUGACAAUAUAAUUUUUGAUGAGCUCCUUGUCUGAUGGGCUUGGCGCGUCUGAACAGCAUAGCAGGCCGGGGGACGCGAGCAUUGGGCCUGAUCCGCAAGUUGAGAGCGCGCGCUCGCGGGCUAGUUGUGCGAGCGCGAUGCAAGGCGGGCUUUUCAUCUAGAGCGGCCAAAAGCGGUGGAGCGGACUUUGAACGCGGGCUUGACUUGCGGGGCGGGAGACUGAUCGCAUCGUCGGGCCAGGCGCGAGUGCGGGACGCGCCUUGGUCUUGGCGAUCCGCGAGUUAAGCGGAUCGAAAUCGAGGACUUGGGGCGCGAGAGGUAAGGUGGGCCGCUAGCGGAGGUUUGGGCCGGCUAUGCACGUGCGGAAGGCCUGAGCGGGCUCUGCGCCUGUGGGCUUGGUUGGGCCGGUGGAAGGUGCGGCUUGGAUGUGCUAAGACAAUGACGUAGCACUUUGCAAGGAACUACUAAUAUUCUGUACCCGGCGUUUGAGUUGCGCACAUGUCUUGUAGCCCACUGGUAAACAACUCUUCAAACGAGAUUUGUGGCGUGGGUUCGAAUCUUGGUUGAAGCGAAUAUUUUUAUGACUUGUUGCACAUCUUGAAGUGCGGACUCGUGGGCCAGAUGCGGGUCCAUUUGUUGUGGUCUAGGCCGCGCGUCGGACUGGCGGAGCUCGCGGGAGGAGGAACUGAGCGGGGAACUGGCGGGCCACGGGUUGUGUUGCGGAUCGGGUCAAGUGACGCUCGUCGCACCCAAGCGGACAAUGAAGGCGGCCGCGUGGAGAGAAAAAUCGGUCGGCUGAGAUCAAGCGGGCGAGAGAGCUGCGAGUUGGCCCAGGCUUGUUGCACAUCUUGAAGUGCGGACUCGUGGGCCAGAUGCGGGUCCAUUUGUUGUGGUCUAGGCCGCGCGUCGGACUGGCGGAGCUCGCGGGAGGAGGAACUGAGCGGGGAACUGGCGGGCCACGGGUUGUGUUGCGGAUCGGGUCAAGUGACGCUCGUCGCACCCAAGCGGACAAUGAAGGCGUCCGCGUGGAGAGAAAAAUCGGUCGGCUGAGAUCAAGCGGGCGAGAGAGCUGCGAGUUGGCCCAGGCUGGUGAAAUUCGGGAUUGGAUGCAGAAGGCGGACAAUGAAGGCGGCCGCGCAUGAGGUUUGGCCCGCGAAUGGAGUCUGACUCGCGUUUAUGAACAUAGGCAGGCAGAGCCGCGAAAUGAAGUUGGAGCGAACUGAACUCUUCAUAAUAAUGCGUCGCACAAUGAAUCAUCAAUGUGAUGUUGCAGUGCACUGGUAAGCGCUCUAGUCUCAUGAUCCUUGAACGCGAGUUGCUUUCGCGCGAGUGGCCCGCUUGCUGUCGAACCUGGAGGCAGGCUUUCGGGUACGUCUUGUGGCCCGCGAGUUGCUUUCGCGCGAGUGGAGUUGAAGGAUGACAAGAAACGGGCCAGUCCCAAGUCGGGCCGCGAGUUCUUUGCUAGCAGGUUUUCCGCGAUAUUGGGCCUCAAGAUAGAGAUCUAGGAGGGCGGUAUGGGCCGCGCCUCCGCGAGUCUGGAGGCUGGUCCUUACAGUCACCAAUUGUAGACCGCGAGAGUAGAGGGCGCUUUAUUGGGAUCGCAUUAUUAUGAAGAGUGGUAGGGUGGUAAAAUACAUGUUUUUUUUUAAUGACGUGCCUUUUUCUCUCUUCCGCUAGAUCCGGCUCUUUAUCGGCGGUGGACGGCGAGGACUUCAGGAGUGGUAGUGCGCGGAUCUGCUUUUUCAAUGGUGCUCCAUAUCCUUCCCUUUUCCUUCCAGAUUUCUUCCUUUUGAUUUGCAAGUUCGCCUGCAUGCGUAGUGUUUGUGCGGAGAGCUUCCGUGAGCCUACUUUGGGGACUGUGCCCAUCUGUUUUUUUCUGACAAAAGUGCAAGUGGCCAUAAGAGAGUAGUCUUGUCAACAGUCUCUUAUUUCUUGAUUUGCGGCCCCCCUUGUCUGCUUUUACGAACAAAUUGGAGAGAAGGUGAUACAGGUGACCUUGACUGUGACCGGCUCUUCUUUUCCUCGCCGGACUCUAGCAACAAUAUCACCAAACUGAAUUUCGAAACUUUUCCUUCUCUCUUUUUUUCUUUUGGCAUCAACGUCACCGUGGUGGCUGCUUGCGGUUUGCAGGUUGGUCUGGUGAUGGCGACCACAAAAUAAAUGUUCAAGCUGUCGUCGUUGCUCGUAGUGGCGGGGGAAGUUGAUUCACUUCGAGAAUGAGCAGAGCUUUUUCAUAAGAGAAGGUGAAAUCCAGUUUGAGUGCUGGAGUGGAGAAUGGAAUGUCGUAUCCCUCAAAGAUCAAUCGAACAAAAUCUAUGAAUCACGCCCCACGGUGGGCGCCAAUUGUUUGUACCAUCUAGCUCGAAGGUAUGAACAAUAAUGAUUGUUGGUGUGGGGUUGACUCACGAUCUGUUCGUCUGAUCUCGUUGGGAGGGAGAGAACCUGUGAAAGAGCCGGGGUUGCCCCCCGGAUUAAGCUCCGACGAUCAAGUCAGUGUAUGUUUCUGGAGAGAGUUGAGAGAAUAGAUAGAGAGAUAAAGUGUAGAGAGAUAGUAGAAAGUGGAAAGUGAGGAGAGAGGAGAAGUCUCUUUCUUUGGAGGGCUUCAAGCCCUUAUAUACCUGUAGCGGGUACCGAGUGUUGCCAUUGCCGAUUGUGCGCUCUACUACUUAGUCUGUACACGAAGUCUUUAGUAACACCCCCAACAGUAGUUUAUUGAAGUAGAAAACAUGUAGGCCGCUUGCCAGACUAGUUUUUCGCGGCUUGGUCAAUUGAUCAAGUGGGUUUAAUAAAUUAACUCAAUUACCAAAAAUAUUCAUUUUUAAUUUCUGAUUUUCCGUUUCGCAUUAUUGUAAUCCAAUUGAAACUACAUAAUGCAUACCAAAAACUAAAGAAUGUGUACUAGAAACACUAGAAUUUACACUAGAAACAUAACAAUGCAUUCCAAAAAUACAAGAAAGCAUACCAAAAACACUAGAAUGCAUAACAUAAAUAUCCUAAAAUAUAGAAGAAACACUAGAAUGCAUACUAUUAGUAAUCUCCUGAGGCAUACGUGAAAUGCAGAAAUACAAUAAUACAUAUAAAAAAAUUUAAUAAUAAGAAAAACUAAGAAAUUCGUACCAUUAUC